AUGCUACAUCUGUUGGCCUGUGUGCGUCGAACGCAGGAGCACGUAACUCUGCUCCAAGAGUGUAUUGACGAAGUCAAAGACAAUCUAUCGCUCUUUCUGUUUAUGAAGCAAUCGAGUACACAAGGAAGAGAUAUGGGUACUCGAUCACCUUCCCUAAGGCCUGUGGUCCUUUACAAGGUGCGGCUGUUUCGCUUGCGAGUGCGUAAUACAGACGAAGUCCCAGAUCACAACCCAUGUUGUAUGUCCUCCACACCCAGCGUGUGCGAAUGUAUACCCCCGGGACCAAAAGUUGAGCCCGCUCCUGACGCAGAAUACCGUUGCAAGCCAGCCGGCUCACCGGCCACCUGGCCCCUCGUAUUGUCCGCUGGUUUGGUACAUAUGCUCUCCUCGCCCCAGUGUAUCAAUGAACAAGAGACGUGGGUGCUCGAUCUGCUACCAAAGCGCACACGUGGCCAGCUCCAAGAAAGGGCAGGCCAGCCUGUAGAAGGAUGUGGCAUAUAUUAUCAGGAGGGUGUCGACUUUGAUGUUAUCAUUAGUGUGGUGUUCGGGGUCUUCAUUCUGGCCAGCUUGUUGUUUGGCGUGUACAAAGUUGGAAUAAGACAUCCAGGGUGCUUUCGGUGUCAGCUCGUAUAUGGUUGCGGCGAGUGGGAUCUCUAUGGCUUGGCCUGCUAGCCGGGCGAAGAACUUUGGCUAAAGCAAACCGUGACAUUGUAGGAUUUGGAGCUUUUUCCAUCUUCUAGUCGCGAGUCCAGAUGAAACUAUACCAUCACAUUUUCCAUAAUGUUUCUUGUCCCGAGCUAGAACAUCAAAGAAGUACGGCUGUAGCAUAUGACUGCUGCUAGACUCAAUCUGUACAUUUA